GUCGCUUAAACAUUUUUGUAUUGUGCACUAAUCAGGUUCUAGUUAGUAAAAGACUCAAUACUGGAUGGUGUUCAGUGUUCAUAGUUAGUGAGAUUCCCCCUGAUGAGGACAAAUUUCCCUGAAGAAGGGGCAGGAGACAGAGCACCUCCCUAUGGACCUCCCUUCACAUAAGUAGUAGUGUGAAGUCUGAAAUUCUCAUACCAGAGGCAGGAGAACCUGGAGAGAACCUGGAGGCAUCUGAGAGUCUGAGAGGAGCUACCAUAACUUUACAACUCCCUUAACGCACACAGCGGUACGGGGUCCCAUCCCUUACCCAAGGCAAAUCCCAAAACUCUAUUGAAACCCCAAAUCCAAGAACGAAAGGUCUUCAAAGCCACCAACACAACCCAAAACUUGCAGCCCAUAGCCCCCAUAAAUUCAGCAGGCAAUCAAAAGCAUAUAUGACCUAAGCUACCCUCAAUUAUUGCCCUAAACUUUAUUCUAAGGAGGUUUCAGUUCCCCCAAAUUCAUCUUCGAUUAAGGUACCACAAAACCUACUUCAAGAAGACACAGUCUACAAAAUCUCCAGCGUCUCGGAUCAAGAGCCACAAGGACCCGAGGAUUGCCCUCCAUUCUUGCCCCAGAGGAUGGGUGCAUUGGUACUGCUGGUGUUGCUGACACUCUCUGCUCUGCGUAUCACCUCUGCCGACUGUGUGUCCUGGUGCUUCUCCUGUGACCUUGACUUCAGGGGUCAAAACACAAAAUUUGACCCAUUGAUUUGCUCCUUGCAGUGUGAGGGAACUUUGCUUUCCAACGCAGAAUGGGAUAGAUGUGGGACCAUUUUAGCUCUUCGAGGAAGUCUUGUUGGAGAAGCCAAACGAGAGCAGGAGCUUGUACCCAUCACCGAAAACCAGCAUGAAAUUCUGGCAAAACGAUACGGAGGGUUCUUGAAGAAACCAGACAAAAGCAAAAUCUUCUUUAGCUCUCCACAAAGGGAAAAUGGAAACUUAAAGGGUGAGGUCAACAACAAAUAUAGUGGCCUCUACCGUAAAUUUGGAGAACGAGAUCUUGUGGAACAACGUGAUGACCCAGAGCAAGAGACUGAAUCCCAAAGCAAAGAAGAGUCCAACGAGCAAAGUCAGGCAUGGGAAACGAGGGGGGAGAAACGUUAUGGGGGCUUCCUACGCAAAUACCCAAAGAGGAGUAAAGAAAAUGUUCAGGGUGUGGAAAUUGAGAGGGAUUUGGGUGCAGAGAAGAGGAUGGUGCUUGAGGAAGGGCCAGAGCAGGAGCUAGAGUCGGAAAAGGAAGGUGAGACAGAACAUGAAAUCACAGACCCUCAGAAACGUUAUGGGGGUUUCAUGCGUAGGAUUCGCCCAAAACUAAAGUGGGACAAUCAAAAGCGAUACGGAGGAUUCCUCCGACGCCAAUUUAAGGUCAGUGUUAGGUCAGGAGAGGAACCCAGCAUCUUUUCAGGGGAAGUGUCUGACCUAUAAAAGAGGAUAGUCCCAGCAGGGAGUGAGGGGAAGAGGGCAGUGGCUGUUUAAUUCUAAAACCGCUACACAUACCAUCAGACCAUGGUGGGCAUUCCAAUCCAAACAUUUCAAUACCAGUUUAGCACGAGGGUUGAGAUCCAACUAUCAGAUCUCUGACUCUGGCUGGAGAGCAAUCCAAUAACAUCACCGAUGUAUAUAGUUCCAGAACUGAUAAGCAAACUCCCAAUAUGUCAGAAUUAGACAAGUAUUAGGUAUCUAACACAUAUUUUUAAGUCACCCUCUCAAGAAAAACUAGGGGACCCACCUAUGUCAUGCUUCCGUUUGAAGGAUGGACGAUGGACUCAAAACCAAGAACUGGUUUCCCUAAAAUUCCACAGCUCACUUGUUUUUAAUUCCUCUCCCCCUUGCUCCCACUAGCACCCCCCUCUCCAUCACAUAGGAUUGCCAGGUCAUCAUGCUCUCCUGGACAUCUCUCAUUAAUUCAUGAUGUUGGGUAGUACUUCAAAACUGCUCGAAUAGAGUGGGGAGAAUUCAUAUCCUGCAGGGGAAAUCAGUUAAUAAGAAUGGAUCCCAAAGGAGAUGCUUUAAUAAUAAUCUGAUUUCUCCCUGCAGCACAUGAAUGCUUUGUACUGCAGGUUGCUACUUAUUAAUAUGAAUACGUGGUAUAUGUCCAGGUAACCCAGUCCUCAUCCCAUUCUCCUCUGACAGACAGAGUCGUACAGCUGCCAUUGUGUAACUGCUAUAUAAUAACAAGACAUUCAUACUAUUAUUUGAAAUGACGCAAAGAACCUUCAUUAUUUUGUAUGGGUCAGAAUGAACAAAUAGCGAAUUUCUGUAAAAAAAAGAAAAACAACAACCAAAACAUACACUGAAAUCCAAUCACAUAUAUUCACACUACUAUCCCUGGAUCUAACUGCUUGCUGUUAAA